AUGCCCAUCACAACAACGAUGUCGACAGCAAUCACGUCUGAGACAACAACAAUGACAUCACCGACAACGAUCACAGAUGAUAUAACAAUUCUUUGCCGCCCUUCAGGAAUGAAAGGAGCUCGAGGUGGAUGCCCGGAACGAUUUGGCUAUGGAUUUAAUCCAAUGAGCGGAACCUGUGAAUACAUUGGCCUCGGUGGCUGCUUUGAUGAUAAAGACAAAUGCAUAGAGAUCUGCAUUGACUUGGCUAGUACAACUACAACAGUAUCAACAACAACAGGUGAUAUAAUGAUUAUUUGUCGUCCCCCAGGAGUCAAAGGAGUACGAGGAGGAUGCCCUGAACGAUCUGGCUAUGGCUACGAUCCAACAAUGAGAGGCUGUAGAUAUAUAGGCUCCGGUGGCUGUUUCAAUACAGAGGAUGAAUGUUUAGAGAUUUGCGCUCUUACAACAGAACCAACAACUACAGCUCCCACUUCUACAAUCCGUACGACAACAGAUAAAGCAUCCACAACAGUACCAGCGACUACCUCUAGUGAAUACUCUACCUCGACUGUGACUACAACAACAAGUGAUAUAACAAUUGUUUGUCGUCCUCCAGGAGUGAAAGGAGUACGAGGAGGAUGCCCUGAACGAUCUGGCUAUGGCUACGAUCCAACAGUUAGAGGCUGUAGAUAUAUAGGCCCCGGUGGCUGUUUCAAUACAGAGAAAGAAUGUUUAGAAAUUUGCGGGUCUACGGCAACACCUGUCAUGACAACAACAUCUGCUACAACAACUACUUCAACAUCAACACAAGCAUCGUCUAAACUACAACCCCAGAUAUCAUUCACAGAACAUGAACUUUAUUUUGCAGAUAUCUGUCAGCUGCCGGAAGACCCAGGAACGGGUGAUAGAAUGCUGUUCCAGUUUUAUUACUCGGCAGAAAAAGACGAAUGCCACAUACUUAUUUAUCGAGGCAGUGGAGGCAAUGGAAAUAGAUUCAAGACUAUAGAAGAUUGUUGGCUAGCGUGUUCUCCAAGGAAUGCAAGGGAUCUCUGCUUCCCACCGCAAGUAAAAGGAGGAGUGAUACCAUGCGAAAAACCGUCGGGAUACCGCUAUGACUUCACACUCAACAAGUGCGUCAUCUCCCAAUCUAAGGGUUGCUUCAGUACUCAGCAGCAAUGCACAGAACUGUGCGUCAGGGAAAUAGAGACAACUGAAGCUAUCCCAACAGAACCGACAACUACCGCUGCCACUUCUACAAUCCUUACGACAACAGAGGAAGCAUCCACAACCGUACCAGCGACUACCUCUAGUGAGUACCCUACCACUAUUCUGACUACAACAAUAGAUAAUGUAACAGUUAUUUGUCGUCCCCCAGGAAUAAAGGGAUUACGAGGAGGAUGCCCUGAAAGAUCUGGAUAUGGCUACGAUCCAAUAAAUGGAGACUGUAGAUAUAUAGGCCCCGGUGGCUGUUUCAAUACAGCGAAGGAAUGCGUAGACAUUUGCGGUGGGUCUUCUAGCACAACAAUACAAUCGACAGUGAGAGAGCCUACAACAACAUUCCCUGUCAUAACAACGACAUCGGCUGCAGUGACUACCUCUGCAUCAACAACAGCAUCGUCUACAACUACGACCGCAGAUAUCUGUCAACUGCCGGAAGACCCAGGAACUGGUGACCAAAGGCUGUUCCAGUUUUAUUACUCAGCAGAAAAAGACGAAUGCCACAUACUUAUUUAUCGAGGCAGCGGAGGGAAUGGAAAUAGAUUCAAGACUAUAGAAGAUUGUUGGCUAGCGUGUUCUCCAAGGAAUGCAAGAGAUCUCUGUUUCCUACCGCAAGUGAAAGGAGGAGAAAUACCAUGCGAAAAACCGUGGGGAUACCGCUAUGAAUUUACACUCAACAAGUGCGUCAUCUCCCAAACUAAGGGUUGCUUCAGUACUCAACAGCAAUGCAGAGAUCUGUGCGUCAGGGAAACAGAGACAACUGAAGGUGAUAUAACGGUUAUUUGUCGUCCCCCAGGAGUAAAAGGAAUACGAGGAGGAUGCCCUGAAAGAUCUGGAUAUGGCUACGAUCCAAUAAAUGGAGACUGUAGAUAUAUAGGCCCCGGCGGCUGUUUCAAUACAGUGAAGGAAUGCAUAGAGAUUUGCGGUGGAUCUUCUAGCACAACAAUACAAUCGACAGUGAAAGGUACGCACAACAAUGAUCGCGGUUUUGUCAAUGAGAUGAUUUCUUAG